AUGACAUCCCAAGAUCACAAGAUGGGCGCUGAGACCCUUGAUGCUGAGAAGCAAAAUGCUGCUCAUGAGGAGUACUCCGCUGAAGUUCUUGAUAAGAAGGGUAAUGGUGAUUACUCUGGUGCUGUGGCGAAGAGUGAUCCUGAGGAGAUCAAACUCGUCAAGAAGCUCGAUAAAUGGAUCAUGCCUACCCUUUGGUUGAUGUACUGGCUCAACUACCUCGACCGCAACGCCAUCACCCUCGCCCGCCUAAACGGCUUCGAGGAAGAUCUCAACCUCCAAGGCUCACAGUACAACACCUCCGUCUCAAUCCUCUUCGUCGGCUACGUCCUCGGCCAAAUCCCCAGCAACAUGAUAAUCACCCGUGUCAGACCAUCAUGGUACAUGGGCGGUUUCAUGAUGGCUUGGGCCGUCGUCAGUUCCCUCACGGCCGUGGCCCACAACUACACCGGCGCUCUUCUCACUAGAUUCUUCCUCGGUAUCGUGGAGGCUCCUUAUUAUCCUGGCGCGCUGUACAUGCUGUCGACGUUUUACACCAGGAAGGAAUUGGCGACGAGGAUCAGUAUUCUCUACUCGGGUAAUGUCCUGGCUUCUGCUUUUGCGGGCUUGAUUGAGGCGGGUGUUUUUGAGGGUAUGGAUGGACUGGCGGGGAUCAAGGGCUGGCGAUGGUUGUUUAUCCUUCAGGGUGCGGUUACGUUUGUUGUGGCUAUCGUUGCGUGCUUUACUCUUCCUGAUGAACCGUUGACGACGCGAUGGCUCACACCUGAGCAGCGACAACUUGCGCAUGAUCGUGUUCUGAGAGAUACAGUCGGACAGAAGGGUGACGGAAAUCCAUGGAGCGGUCUGCGCGAAGCCAUCGUCGACCCGAAAGUCUGGGUCUUCAUCGUUCUUCAGCAUCUUCACCUUGCGACCAACGGCUUCAAGAACUUCUUCCCUACCAUCGUCAACACGCUCGGCUUCAACACCACUAUCACUCUUGUCCUCACCUGUCCUCCUUUCUUGAUCGCCGGUGCUCUCUCAAUCCUUUGGGCCAAGUCUUCUGGCCACUUUAACGAGAGUACCUGGCACAUCACCAUCUCCAAGAUCGUCGCUACCUUUGGUUUUGUCUUGGCCUGCGCUACCAUGAACGUUGGAGCGAGAUACUUUGCCAUGUGUGUCUUUACUAUCGGUACCUAUGGUGUCAAUUCUAUUCUGCUGGCUUGGGUGGGAAAUACAUGUGGACAGACGAGGGAGAAGAAGGCUUCUGCUUUAGCUCUCGCCAACGUCAGUGCGACACUCAGUCUGAUCUGGACUCCUUACCUCUGGCCCAAAUCUGAUGCACCACGGUAUGUGCUGCCGCUCUCAAGCAGUGCUGGUUUUGCUGUAGCUUGUAUUGCUGGAGUCUGGCUUAUGAGGUGGAUGCUGGUCAGACAGAACAGGAAGAUUAGGCAGACCGAUUCAGAGGCUACGUUGUUUUAUGCUUACUAG